AUGCUAGAGCUGCUGCAGCUUAACCUGGGCAAGCGGCGAGCAGCCGCCGAUCUGAUUUGCUCCUUAGGAGCAGAUAUAGUUUUAGGCCAGGAGUUUCCCAAGCGGUUUUCGCCUACAACCUACAGCUACCAUGGCAAGAAAGAGGGCACUGCUAUCCUUUUGAAGAACGGCUUAUCUGGCACCACCUUGGUGGCUGCCAGAGACCUCUGCACCGCUAAGGUGCGAAGCUCGUCUAGUACUAUCAUCGUAGGUUCUCUCUACCUCCAUCCCACUGACCGGCCAAGACGAGAGUUGGCCCUUCAGCGACUGGAGGAUGCCCUCUCCGCCCAUAGACUGACAGGGAUGCUCUUAGGAGCGGACUGCAAUGGAGCCUCAGAUCUCUGGGAUUCCUUGCUUCCGGACAACCUACAGGCCCUGAACCACAUCGGCUCCAGCUGGCAACGAGGGGAAGAGUUCCAAACGUGCUGCCAGCAACACCGAGGGACCAUCAUCAACCGGCCAGACUUAUUCCCGGCCCCCACCUUCGUGG